GCUCAGGGAGCGCGCAGCAAGGCGAUCGGGGUUGCGCUGUGUCCCUGGGACACAGCGGAUGACCGAUCACGGAAAGAGCCGAAGAUGUCAGCUCGAUCAUGUGAUCAGCUGUGUCCAAUCACAGCUGAUCACUGAUCAUCAGGGCACUGAUGAUCAGUGUGCCCUGAUGAUCAGUGUAGCCCCAGCAGUGCCACCUGUCAGUGUCCAUCAGUGCCUUGUGUCAGUGCUCAUCAGUGCCUCGUGCCAGUGCCCAUCAGUGCCACAUCAAUGCCACAUAUCAGUGCCUACCAGUGCACAUCAAUGCCACAUAUCAGUGUCCAUCUGAGCUGCCUUUCAUUGUCACCCAUCAGUGCCAGUCAGUGCUGCCAAUCAGUGCCACCUAUCAGUGCCAGUCAGUGCCGCCUAUCAGUGCGCAUCAGUG